AGGACAUGAACUUGAUUGACAUCCUUUGGAGGCAAGAUAUAGACCUUGGGGCAAGGCGUGAAGUUUUUGAUUUGAGUCAACGGCAGAAGGAGUAUGAACUCGAGAAACAGAAGAAACUUGAAAGGGAAAGACAAGAGCAGCUCCAAAAAGAGCAGGAGAAAGCCUUGCUGGCUCAGCUGGAGUUAGACGAAGAGACAGGUGAAUUUGUUCCCGUUCAGUCAGCUCAGCGCAUUCACUCAGAAAAUUCUGAGCCACCCAUCGGUUUUUCACAGACCACACAGACUUCAAAACCAGAAGCAGAGGCCUUGUCCUUUGAUGACUGCAUGCAGCUCUUGGCAGAAGCAUUCCCAUUUAUAGACGACAAUGAGGCUUCUUCAGCUGCAUUUCAGUCACUGGUUCCUGCUCAGAUCGAUAGCAACCCAGUCUUCAUUUCCUCUGAUCAAACUCAGCCACUUGAAUCACCUGUUCUAGUUCCACUUACUGAUGCAGAGAAUAUGCAGAACAUAGAGCAAGUUUGGGAAGAAUUAUUGUCCCUUCCAGAGUUACAGUGUCUUAACAUCGAAAAUGAUAACCUGGCUGAGGUAAGCACAAUCACAAGCCCUGAAACCAAGCCAACGGAGAUGCACAACAGCUAUAGUUACUACAGCUCAUUACCCAUCAUGAGAAAAGAUGGUAACUGCGGUCCAGAUUUCCUGGAUAGUAUCGAGGGCCCCUUUUCCAGCAUUUUGCCACCAGAAGACACCAGCCAGCUGAGUGUGAACUCUUUAAAUGACAUGUCCCCUGCAAACUCCGAUUUCUGUGAGGAUUUCUACACCGCCUUUAUUGAUACGAAGGUGAACAGUGGCACAGCAACGACAAACACUAUCAGUCAAUCACUUGCGGAAAUUCUGAGUGAACCUAUUGAUCUUUCCGAUUUCUCCCUGUGUAAAGCUUUCAACGGCAACCACUCAGGAACCGUACCAGAAUGUAGCGAUUCUGACUCUGGUAUUUCACUGAAUGCAAGUUCUAGCAUCGCGUCGCCUCAGCACUCUGUGGAAUCGUCUGCCUGUGGGGAUAAGACUUUUGGCUGCAGCGAUUCCGAGAUGGAAGACACAGAUAGCGCUCCUGGAAGCGUGCCGCAGAGCAACGCGAGCGCGUACUCGUUGCAGUUCCAGGAUCCGGUGCUGCCUGCCGUGGGGCCGAGCACUCAAACACCUGCUUUGCAGUGUACAGACACACCAAAGAAAGAACCCCCCGUGGGCCCGGGCCACCCCAAAGCUCCGUUCACAAAAGAUAAACCUUCAGGCCGCCUUGAAGCUCAUCUCACGAGAGAUGAGCAGAGAGCAAAAGCUCUGCAGAUCCCUUUCCCUGUCGAAAAAAUCAUCAAUCUCCCAGUUGAUGACUUCAACGAAAUGAUGUCAAAGGAGCAGUUCAGUGAAGCCCAGCUUGCGCUUAUUCGAGACAUACGCAGGAGAGGCAAGAACAAGGUGGCUGCUCAAAACUGCCGUAAAAGAAAACUGGAAAAUAUAGUGGAACUGGAGCAAGACUUGAGUCACCUAAAAGACGAGAAAGAGAAAUUGCUUAAGGAAAAAGGAGAGCAUGACAAAAGCCUUCGUCAAAUGAAGAAGCAGCUAACCACCUUAUACCUUGAGGUCUUCAGCAUGCUACGCGAUGAAGACGGAAAGUCUUACUCCCCCAGUGAGUAUUCACUGCAGCAAACGAGAGACGGCAACGUCUUCCUUGUUCCUAAAGGCAGGAGGUCAGAGACUAAACUUUGAAGGGCAGCACAGCUGGCUGCUCCGCUCCGAGUUACUAUUUUUGUAUCGCUACCCUGAUAGUUUUUACUGUGAGGUGGAAUGCAGAAUUAGGUAAUAUUUUUCAAGUAAUUCUAUGCAAUGAUGAUUUUAAAGUUAAUGAUCUUAGUUUAUGGAAGAUGCAAGUUUAAAACUGAUCGUGUAUGCAGACGGAUGUAUGCAAAACUAAUCUCACUUUUGUAACAGACAUUUCCUUCUUAUAUAGCACCACUUUGACUAGUUUCCAUAUACGUGUAAAUAUUUAAAGAUACCAUAUUUAUAUACUGUUUCUAUCUCUUGUUAUAUUCAUAGAUUUAUUUGAGAUAUAUAUAUAAAUGAUUUUAGCCUUCCAAAAAUAAUUUCUUGCAAGAUGAAUAGUAUGGCUUCUGAUAAUUUUUUAUAAAGAUGCAAGUGUUUGUUUUCCAUUUUUCUUACACAUUUAUACUUGCUUUAUAUUUAAUAUAUGAUUUUAAUUUAGUAUAAAAGUUGAUACUUAGGGUUUGAUUUCGAUUUAUCAGUUCAUUAAACUCUGUUUAACUCUACUUC